GGGAUUGAAUUGCAGCAAUACGAAAUGAAGUUUCUAAAGGUCCAUUGGUUCUUCAGAAAUUAUUGAACGACUUUGGUCAAAACUGAUGACUAGAAAGGUCUAUUUUAUUUUCAAUUGGUUUGUUUCGUUGAAAGCACAAACAACAUUUUAAUAUUGUUAUAAUUAAUGAUCUUAUGAGAAUUUUGUUUCGGAAAAAACCAACUUCGUUAGUUACUAACUUUCAAGCAAAUGUAAGCAACAUUUGUGAGUCAUAUGAUGUGAAGAAAAAGGAUAAUUUGGAAAAUAUUGAAUAUUGUAAAAUAGAAUAUACAAAUUCAGCUGAAAAGGAUGUUAUAUCAGAUGUUCAAUCAUCAAGUCUAAAUUAUAAUUCAUCUUCUCAUCCUUCGCCGAUCAAUAAUAAUGAAAAGAAUAAUUUAACAAAAGAUAAAAACUAUGAAUAUAAAGUUAAUGAAGAUUUAUCAUGUUUAACUGGAUCAAAUUUAUGUGAAAAAGAGAAUUUAUCAAGUCAUAUAAACAGUGAACCAUUAACAAAUACUACUACUCAAUGUUUAAAUGGACAAAAAUUAAAAAUACAUGAAAAUGAUUCAUUAAAACCAGUGGAAAAUGUUAACAAACUAAUAUCUAAUAAAAAUGAAUUGACAAAAGAAGUUACACAAAUUACCCAUUCAAAAUUAUCUACCUUUCCUAUUAUAAAUAACAAUAAUAAUAAUAAUAAUAAUAAUAAUAAUAAUAAUAAUAAUAAUAAUAACAAUAAUAAUAAUAACAAUAAUAAUGAAAAUAAAUUAUUGCGACGAAUUAAAACUGAGCGUCACUAUAAUCAUAAUAAUGUACAAUUUAAUACAAUUGAAAAAAAUUGUCAGUUAUCAACAGAACGUUUAAAAAUAGCUAAAGAUGAAGUUGAUGAAGCAAUAAAAAGUCGAAAAAUAUUUUCUGUUCUUGGUCCUUAUAAUCGUAUCAGAAAAGCAUUACGAACUCGUGGAUGGAUUGAGAAAUUUGAUGUGAAUAUUGGACCACCAGGACAAACUACACAGGAAUUAAAGAAAACUAUACGAUCGAUUACUAAUGUGAAAACUGUACGAAAUUCCAAUUCGUCUUCGAAUGAUACAACACUAGAAGAUUCUGAAGAUGGCGAUUCAGAUGAUGAUGUGACUGCUGUGAACGAGGAAAAACAACGUGUUCAACCGUGGGAAGAAGAUAGUGGAUACUAUGGAUUAUUGUCACGUAUGGUUCGUUCAGAGUUGCCAAGAUUUAUUUGGUCAUUACGUAAAAAUCAAGUUGAUUUUCAAAACCUUCAAAAAGAUCAAAUCAUCAAUCAUCACAGUGGUGCACCAUUUACAACUAAGGUUGGACUAUGCAGACAAUUACGUCAAAUAAGAUGGUUUGCUGACUGUAAUGCUGAUUACUUUUUCCCGCGUUGUUAUAUCCUCAGUGAAGAAGAUGAUCGGCAAUCCUUUAUAUAUGAUUUUAGAUUAACAGCAUGUAUAUCCAUCGUAAAAAUGGUUGCAAAUCUAAUUUCUGAUGUUCAUCAAUUAGAUUCAGUUAUAAUUCAAUCCAAACCUAAAAAUGUUUAUGAUAUGAAUAAUUUAGGUGAGACUAAUGAAAAUGUAAAUGAUACAAAGGAUUCUAACGUUCUGGAAAUUGAAAGUUCCCCAAAUAUUGAUUUAUCCAGAGAUAAUACUUUAUCUUUUUUAAAUAACACAAUAUCCUAUAAAAAAGUUUGGAAUAUAAAUUUACCACCAAGCGAUUUGUUGAACAAUUUUGAAAUUCCAGAUGAAAUUAUGGAAUUUUCUAUGUUUCAAUGUCAAGAAUUUCUUAAAACCAAGUAUCAUGACGAUCUUGACAAGUCAAGUAAACAAUCAUUUUCUUCUGAAUAUCCUUGGGAUAAAUUUUUAUCUUGGUAUUAUCAAAUAAUAAAAAUGCCUCAUUUACUUAUGACAGCUAAACAUUUAUCAUCUCAUUGUCAAUAUCUUUGUAAAUUACUUAAAAAAUAUUGUCCACAAUUUGAUAUGGAUGGAUUGCGUAAUGUUUGGAUUGUAAAACCUGGUGCGAAAUCAAGAGGGAGGGGUAUUGUUUGUCAUGAUCAAUUAGAUGAUAUUUUAAAAAUUGUACAAGGUAGUGUAUUUCUUACUGAAGCACGUUAUAUUGUACAAAAAUAUAUUGAAAGACCAUUAUUAAUAUACAGAACAAAAUUUGAUAUUAGACAAUGGUUUCUUGUAACUGAUUGGGCACCCUUAACUGUUUGGUGGUAUCAAGAUUGUUAUUUAAGAUUUUGUUCUCAGGAAUUCACUUUGAAUGAUUUCAGUGAAUCAAUACAUCUUUGUAACAAUUGCAUACAACAUAAAUAUAAAAAUGGACUUAGAUCAUUGAACUUACCAGAUGAAAAUAUGUGGACCUGGGAACAAUUUCAAACUUGGCUAACUGAACAAGGUCAACCAAAUUUAUGGACAGAGAAAAUUCAACCAGCAAUGAAAAAUGCUGUUCUAAAUGUACUUUUAUCUUCACAGGAAUCAAUCGAACCUAGAAAAAAUUGUUUUGGUCUAUAUGGAGCAGAUUUCCUGUUAACUGACAAUGAUUACAGAAUAUGGCUUAUAGAAAUUAAUUCAAGUCCAUGUAUGUCACCGAGUACAUCUGUUACAGCUGUAUACACUGCUAGUGUAUUAGAAGAUACGUUGAAAGUUGUUUUAGAUAGAAAAUACAAUCGUAACUCGGAUGUUGGACGUUUUGAAUUACUGUAUAGACAACCGUUUCAUAAUCCAUCUAAUAUGUACACUGGUAUGGAACUUUAUGUAAUUGGAUCAAAAAUAAGUAAACCACAGUUGGAAAAUACAUCUAUUCUACGUUGUUUUAAUAAAGCGACACUUGAUUUCAAUGGUCAGUCAUUAUCAAAUCCAAAAGUCAAUGUUAUGUCAAAAAUUAUUAGAGAUAAAAAGAAUACAUCUCCUAUUGUCAUAAGGCAAAUGAAAUCACAAACACGAAAAGAAAUUAAGCCAUCAAAUAUAGGUCAUGAGUAUGCAUGCGCGGAAAUAGUUAAAGGAAUGAACAGUUUAUUACCACCUAUGAAGUGUGGAAAAUUUUCAAGUGAUAAUCAGUCAACUGUGAACACAAAUACUGAUAAUCCAGUCAAACAUUUACAAUCAGUAAAGGAAACAAGAAAAGAUUCACGAUCAAAAUCUUGCAAAUAUGUAAAUGAAAUGAAAAUUUGCAAUGUUGCUACUCUUUCAAAUGUUGUAAAAACUAUUGGGUCUUUGACUGGCUUGGAAUCUGGUGUUUGUCUAUCAAAAUACAACGAUGAUAUUUCACAUGAUGACAAUCUUUUAAAAUCAAGCCGAUCGGAGUAUUGUCUAAAAUCAUCUCUAGAAGAAUUGGUUAAAUCGAGAUCACUCAUAAAUUCCCCUGUUAUUUCAAAUGUUAAAGAUUCCUCUACAUCCAACUUUAAUCAAUCGAGGCUACAACAAGUGAAUAAAGGUGAGCUGAAUCAGUAUACUGAAUAUGAAACAUACACUAACACAAAUCUAUAUUCUUCUCACAAAAGUAUACAUAGUAAAAAUAAAAAUUCACAGUCAUCAUCAUUAUUAUUACCUAAAAUAGACAAAGGUCGAAAUCCAGAUUCUAGUAUAAAACUAGUUAGUUUGAAUUUAAAUCGACCGAGAUCAUUGAAUAAAAUAAAGAGAUUAUCAUUAAAACUUGAACAUCGAAACAAAAAGUUGAAUGUUAACACAAUACAUGAUACAACUUCACCUAAUUCCAAUUCAACACAAACUAAUUCAAUUAGAUAUUUAUAUGAAAAGAAACUAUCCAAAGGACAAUUACAUUUUGAAGAGAUUAUAACAAACAAUGAUAAGCAACUGAUUAAUAGACCAAAUAAAUUGCCAACAAUUGGUAAAAUCAAACCUGAAUCUUCACAUCAAUCAUUAAAUUAUCAGUCUACACUUACUAUAGAUCAACUAGAUACAAAUUAUAUGCAGAAAAUGCCUACUUAUAAAAAUUAUGUUGAUAAAAUCAAAUUGAACAUUUUACAAUUUAAUGAAGGAGACAAUCAUGUGAAGCAUAUUAGUCAUGAAAAAUCAAAUCAUAAUAAGUUGUAUAAACAUUUACAGAAAAGAUGUAUCAUUCUGCGUAAAAUGAAAAAAAUUAGAAAGUCACCAGCAGUACAAAGAAAAGUAUCAACUUGUCAAUCACAGUCAAAACUUUCUAAAGUUUUAAUAGUAAAUCAAAGAUCAGCAGAUUUAACUAUAAAAGAUAAUUCUUCAAUGAAUUUAGAUGAAGUUUACAAAUGCCGAAAAUUGAAGGACAGUAGUGAUAAUAAUACUACUAAUGAUAAGAAUACUGAUCGUAAUAAUAAACUUAAUGCUAGUAACUGUGAUUCCGGAAUUAAUUCUGGUGACAGUAUCACUUUGGAUAGUAAUGAUCCAAAUAAAAUCUCAAAGAUCAUUACUUCUUCACCAAAAUCGUCUCUCAAGCAAAGUUCCACAGAUUCAGGAUUUGAUGAUGAGAUAUCAACUCAAUCGAAAACCUUUUUACCACUAGAUAAUUUUUCGGCAGUUAUUACCAACAGGAAUAAUAGUGAUAAAAAAUCGAUAUCUAAUGAUAUUUCACUUUGUAGGUUUAUUCAUUCUAGUAAAAUGUUCGUUAAUUGUCGUAACACAGAUGACAUAAAAUUUUACAGGUAUAAUAUUAAUGUGACUAGUAAUACAACAUCAAAUGUCUCAACUAUGAAAAAUGUAACGCAAGAUAAUAUAGCAUACGCGCCAAAUUCAAAUAUUUCACCAAUUAUAAACAAUCCAACGAAUCAAUUUCCAUCAUCAUAUCGCCGACCAUUAUCAUGUUCAAAUAAUAAAUGGAUAAUGAAUAAUUUGUCCUUAUCAACAUCAUCAUCAUUAUCUCCGCCAUCAUCUUUGACAAUUGUUUCUUGCAAACUUCAUAAUGUGAAAAAUAAAUUCACAAUAAACAAUUAA